ACCUCCGUUUAUAGGACUCGUCCGCUAUAACAGUGGCCGACCCCACGGUGUCCUCUUCAGAUUCAGUAAACCAUGGGGCCUGUCACGUCCUCCUCAGGCUCCAACAGUGAGCGCCAAAGCUGGAGCUGCGCGGUCGUCUCAGGUCCCACGCUGAUGGUACUGCUAAUCCUCGUGAUUGGCGCGGACUGCUGGAGAUGGGGCUCAGUGCCCUCGUGUCCCCCGGGACCUGAACCAGAGUGCCCCGAGAAUCCCGUGGACGACACAUCAAACUACUUCGCCCACCCCACGGACUGCCACUAUUACAUCCAGUGCGACGGCAGCAGGAAGCCGAUCUGCAGGCGCUGCUCCCCAACGACGUACUUCAACCCCAAGACGUUCAACUGCGUCUGGCCACUUCUCGCCAGCUGCGAGCACAACGAAACUACGAGGCGGGAGAGUCUCUUGCCGCCCAUAUGUGGUCCAGACAGGGAAUGCUACGAGGAAGGAGACACGGAGAGAGAUUACGUGGACUGCUCGCGUUUUUACUUGUGCAAGAACGGAAGCAAAGUUCGAAUGGAAUGCCCAGAAGGACAGGCCUUCAGUGCCAAACAGGGAAUAUGCACCGAAAUUGAAGAAGCAGAGUGCGACGAUUACACGUACUUAGAAACAAAACGAUGUAAAGAUGAAGGCAGAACAGUCAAAAUAAAUUGCCACUCUUACAUGAUAUGCAAAGGAAACAGAACGCAAACAUUCAGGUGCAACACAGAUCAGCAUUUUGACGACACGACCCUCACGUGUCUACCCGGAUCCUGUGACAAACCUUCCUGCGAGGACAAGGAAGAUUCCACUGACUGCUCAUAUUACUUUAAGGACUGUAAUCAGAGAACAAAGUGUCCUGAGAGUAAACACUUUAAUAAGAAAACGAAACACUGUGAAAACCAGUGCACGGCCGGUUGCAAAAAUCCAAAAGAUAUUCCACAGUGCAGACAAUGCCAAGAGGAAGGCAAAAUACUACAAUGGGAUUGUAAAUCUUAUACCACAUGCAGGGAUGGGAUCCCGGAAACAUUCACGUGCCGGGCGGAUCAGCAUUUUGAUGAGUCAACUGCCACAUGUACAGCCGGUUCUUGCAACCCUCCUGUCUGCAAGGACAAAGAAGACGCUACUGACUGCAGUUAUUACAUCAAAAACUGUGACCAAAGGACAAAGUGCCCCCUAGGUCAACAUUUCAACAAACUAACAAAAGCUUGUGAAAAUCAGUGUACAGCUGGCUGCCAGAAUCCAGAAGAUAUUCCACAAUGCAGACACUGCCAGGAAGGUAAAAUAUUGCAGUAUGAUUGCCACUCAUACAAAAUAUGCACAGGAGGGAAAAUUGUACCCGUAAUUUGCCGAGAUGAUCAAUAUUUUGACGAGGCAAGUGGUAGCUGUAAACCAGGAUCUUGCAACCCUCCUGCCUGCGAGGACAAAGAAGACGCUACUGACUGCAGUUAUUACAUCAAAAACUGUGACCAAAGGACAAAGUGCCCCCUAGGUCAACAUUUCAACAAACUAACAAAAGCUUGUGAAAAUCAGUGUACAGCUGGCUGCCAGAAUCCAGAAGAUAUUCCACAAUGCAGACACUGCCAGGAAGGUAAAAUAUUGCAGUAUGAUUGCCACUCAUACAAAAUAUGCACAGGAGGGAAAAUUGUACCCGUAAUUUGCCGAGAUGAUCAAUAUUUUGACGAGGCAAGUGGUAGCUGUAAACCAGGAUCUUGCAACCCUCCUGUCUGCGAGGACAAAGAAGACGCUACUGACUGCAGUUAUUACAUCAAAAACUGUGACCAAAGGACAAAGUGCCCCCUAGGUCAACAUUUCAACAAACUAACAAAAGCUUGUGAAAAUCAGUGUACAGCUGGCUGCCAGAAUCCAGAAGAUAUUCCACAAUGCAGACACUGCCAGGAAGGUAAAAUAUUGCAGUAUGAUUGCCACUCAUACAAAAUAUGCACAGGAGGGAAAAUUGUACCCGUAAUUUGCCGAGAUGAUCAAUAUUUUGACGAGGCAAGUGGUAGCUGUAAACCAGGAUCUUGCAACCCUCCUGUCUGCGAGGACAAAGAAGACGCUACUGACUGCAGUUAUUACAUCAAAAACUGUGACCAAAGGACAAAGUGCCCCUUAGGUCAACAUUUCAACAAACUAACAAGAGCUUGUGAAAAUCAGUGUACAGCUGGCUGCCAGAAUCCAAGUACAAUUUCAGACUGUUACUUGUGUGAACCGGAAGGGAAGACCUUCGAAGAUCCUUGCAGUUGUGAAAUGUACUACAAGUGUGUGGGUGGAGUGAGAGUCCUUGAGGUAUGCGAUAGCGGUCUCCAUUACAACAGAACGCUUGGUCGAUGUGACACCCCGUGCACUGAUAUAUGUCCGAAAUUGUUCGCUAGAAAACCGGAAUGUUGUACCUCGACCAGAGGGAAACCGGAGCCACUGUGUCCCUCGACAACGUAUUCCGUGUUCCUGCCUCACCCUAGUGACAGUCGCUGGUUCUACCAAUGUCUACAAGGCGUUCUUUACUGCAACAGGUGUCCCCCAGGUCACAAAUGGAACACAGAUGAAGACACGUGUGACAAAUCCUGUCAGUGUCCGUGAGACGACACUCGCCAUACGUUCAAGAUAGGCUACUGGCUAAUAAACGGUUUCACUUUGAAGUGCGUCAGUCUACUUUCGAGUUCAUGAAAAUCCCCCGCCCCCAAUAAAACACGCUUUCCGGGUCAGAUCAUGCCAACGAUACACAACAUUUUAAGAGAGACAUAUGUUAUCGGAUGACUCAAACGAAUGGGACACAAAAAACAUUUGUAAACACAACAUACACUACAAUUAAUUGCAAUCCAAACAUUUUCUUGUAAUAUACAAAGUAUAUUAACACCA